AUGAUAAAGGACCCCACUGCAGUACUGCCUAUAUAUGAGGAUGGUGCUUACUGCUUACUGCUUACUGCUUACUGCUUACUGCUUACUGCUUACUGCUUAGUAGGAGAUUUAGGGGCUCAUUGGGAGUGGAGGAUUGACACGCAAGCGUUCGAUCUGCACUAUAUUUUGUUAUUUUUGAGCAUGAUAAUAAUGGUGGGAUCAAGCAUAAAUGUGAAUGUUAUGAACUAUGGAGCUGUUGGAAAUGGAGUUACCUAUGAUUCUCAAGCAUUUGCGAAGGCUUGGGCAGCAGCUUGUGGAAGUAGAACAAAUAGUGUGAUAUAUGUACCAGCUGGAAAGAAAUUCUUGGUGAAGCCAAUGACAUUUCAAGGUCCAUGCAAGGCCACCACCAUUGCUAUGUUCAAGGAAUCAUUCCCCAUAAGCCUUGACCACCUUGGGAUGUCCUCAACCUACCCACCCCUUGGCAGCCAGGAGAACAUUGGAAGCUUGGGAUAUGGUGGAAGCAGUGCUGCAGUGGAAGAGGUACAUGUACACGUACACCAUUCUACAUUUCGAGGGACACAAAAUGGCGCCAGAAUAAAAACAUGGCAGGGAGGGAAAGGGUAUGCCAGAAGAAUCACAUUCGAGGACAUCACACUCAUAGAUGCUGGAAACCCUAUAAUUAUUGACCAAUAUUACUGUUCUCAACAGAAAUGUCGAGAUCAGCUUCCAGGACUCCGACUCCAACAAAAGCCACCUGCACCUACUCCCAUGGAAGAUUUUAUGACACCGUUCCUAGACCCAAUUGUUUGUUACGAUAACUGUUUUAAUAGAAACUUGUCUCAAUUUUGCCGAGACUUGUAUGUUUCCUACCUGCCUCCGGCUCUUUUUAUGUUGGAAUGGAAGACAUUUUUUUGGGAGGUAAGCGGGAGUAGGGUCUCAAACUUGAGAAUCACCGUAAUCAAUUUACUAACCACCUCAACUAAGGAGUUGUUGGCAUUAGGUAGAAAGACAUUCUUGGUCAUUAACCCUUAUGGUGCGUUUGGUAGAGGGGCGUUUGAUCUGCACUAUAUUUUGUUAUUUUUGAGCAUGAUAAUAAUGGUGGGAUCAAGCAUAAAUGUGAAUGUUAUGAACUAUGGAGCUUUUGGAAAUGGAGUUUCCUAUGAUUCUCAAGCAUUUACGAAGGCUUGGGCGGCAGCUUGUGGAGGUAGAACAAAUAGUGUGAUCUAUGUACCAGGUGGAAAGAAAUUCUUGGUGAAGCCGAUGAUAUUCCAAGGUCCAUGCAAGGCCACCACCAUUGCUAUGCAAAUUCAAGGAAGCAUUUUGGCACCCAAUAAAAAACCCGACUGGGGUACAAGCGCACCUUUGUUGUCCUUCAACAGUGUCAAUGGACUUACCUUAGCUGGUACCGGAACCAUUGACGGCCAAGGCUCCAUGUGGUGGAAAAAUUGCGCCCAAAAUCCCGUAGAUUCUCUGUUCAGGAAGACCCGACGAUUACACUUGAUGAAUAGCCCAAGUGCUGUAGUAUCUAUAGAUGGCUGUACAAAUUCAAUAAUCUCAAAUAUCAAGAUUACAAACCCUGCGAAUAGCCCUAACACUGAUGGCAUAGACCUCGGCGGUUCAACCCAGAUUACAAUUCUUGACAGCCUAAUUCAAACCGGUGAUGACUGUAUUGCAAUAUCUUCAGGGUCACAUUACAAUAUUUCUGGGAUUACAUGUGGUCCUGGUCAUGGAAUAAGCAUUGGAAGCUUGGGAAUUGAUGGAAGCAGUGCCGCAGUGGAAGAGGUACAUGUACGCCAUUCUACAUUUCAAGGAACUCAAAAUGGAGCCAGAAUAAAAACAUGGCAGGGAGGGAAAGGAUAUGCCAGGAAAAUUACAUUCGAGCAGAUUACACUCGUAGAUGCUGGAAACCCCAUCAUCAUUGACCAAUAUUACUGUCCUAAUCAGAAAUGUCAAAAUCAGACAUCGGCAGUCCAAAUAAGUGGUGUUGGGUUCAUCGGACUCAAUGGGACAACCUCAACACCUGACCGGGCAAUCCAGCUCAGUUGCAGUCGAACAGUCCCGUGCACCAACAUAUUACUUGAACAUGUCCACAUAACUUCCAAGACUCCGACAAAAGCCACCUGCACCAACUCUCAUGGAAGGUUUUAUGACACUGUUCCUAGACCCAAUUGUUUGUUACAAUAA